GCCUUUCGGGCCGUUCCGAAUUUUAAUAAAACACUGACAAGCGAUACAGUCAAAGGUCUUAGUGUUUUCAACGAAAUCUUCACAUUGGUGUGGUCUUCAGCGCCCCGACCCACACGGUGACGUCAAUGUAAAGGACCGCUGCACUCCCGAAUCAGACGCGCUCUGUCACCUGCGCUUGCGGCUUGCGCCGAGCCUAUCAAAGUUUUCAAACUUGCAGGAAAGAUGGAGCGCACGAACCUCGCCUUCGAUAUGUGGAGUGACCAGUUUCGCCUAACGGACGUUUUAAAAGAAAUUAUAAGCAGCCGGGACGAAGCUCGCCCAACAGGUUGUCCUCAGGAGCCAAUCGCCGCCAACUCACAGGGUGGACAGGGAGCGGUGGAGACGCCAGCUGAUGCGUUGCAGGGGACCUCACAGGAGGCGCAGGGGUCCGCCGCUGUGCAGCUCACCUCCAGCUCUCGAAAGCCGAGCCGAGUGCGACGCAAGGUUUGCGGUUUUUGCAAACAAAAUGGAGAAACAGUGGAGGUGUAUUCGUCCCACAUUGUGCGGGACUCGCAAGACAAAGUGUGCUGCCCAUUCCUCAGGAAAUACAUCUGUCCGGUGUGCGGGGCGACGGGCGACAAAGCUCACACGAAGCGCUUCUGUCCGAAGAUCCGCAGCACCUACGUGUGUGUGUACCUCAACAAGCCGUGAGUGACCCACCGGAGGGAGGAGGCACCGAUCCGCGAGGAGGACUUCACGCCGGCCUUUUAAACGGACAUGUGGACAGAAUCGCGUUAUUGGUGCGCGGCCCGCAGCCGAGGAGUUCAUUGUUUUAAAUGGUUUUACUUCGCCAGUUUAUUCUUUUAAACGGAGAUGACCCAGAAGAAAUGUUUCUUUUGUUUUUAUUUGUGUUCGCCUCGCCACAGUUCACAACAAACAUUCCGUUGGGUUUCUAGAACAUUUCACGUGUUUGUUUAAAAAAAAAAGUUUCAUGGGGUUUGAGACAUCGGGAUGACACUUAGAGGGGACAAAGCACGAGUUCACCUUCCAAGGUUUGGUUUGUUUGUUUGUUUGUUAUACUUCAUUGCACAAAUGAUUCUUGUGUUUUAAUUUUUUUGUGAUGUUUUGCAUGACUUGGAUGAUUCACAAUAAUUUUAUUGUUUUACUUCAUUGUACGAAUGAUUCUUGUAUUUCAAUUUUUUAUGACGUUUUGUAUGACUUGAAUGAUUCAUAAUAAUUUUAACGUAAAUAUGUAAUGUAUAAAUC